GUUCGUUGUAAUUCAUCACGUGAUUUUUCAUAUUACAGUGUAUAGAUAAAAGAUAAUAAAGUGGGUCGUGAAUCGUGUAUUUGCGUAGUAUUUUUAUAAAUAUUGAUAAUAUUUUCAUAAUUUAGAUAUUAUACAAGUCAUUGAUUUCGUAAAAAUAAAAACUUCAUUCAACUAAUAUUGAAAAAAAAUAAUCAUCAACAAAUUGACAAAUGACAGAAAUUAAUAUGGCAGAUUCUACAUAUUUGAAUGGAAUAGAAUCUUGCUUCCAAAGAGGAAAUCAUACUUUGAAAGUACCCAUGUCUCUUUUCCAAAACAAUCGCAAAAGAUUAAUUGAACGUAUUAAAGCAAAUAAAAAAGUACCAGACACAGGUACUUUUAUUAUUCUUGAAGGAGGAGUUGAAAUUCCAUUUAAUGAUACAGAUAUACAUUGGCCAUUUAGACAAGAGUCAUUUUUUCAAUGGUGUUUUGGUGUUGAAGAACCAGGAUGUUAUGGUGCUCUUGAUUUAUCAACAGAAACAGCCAUUUUAUUUGUGCCAAGAUUACCAGCAGAAUAUGCAAUUUGGGAAGGAAAAUUGCAUAAUCUAGAAGAUUUUAGAAAACGAUAUGCAAUAGAUGAAACUUACUAUACUGAUGAGAUAGCUAAUGUUUUAAAAUCAAAACAAGCAAUUCUUCUUUUAACUUUAAAUGGUCAAAAUAGUGAUAGUGGUUUGCAGACAAAAGAGGCAAUUUUUGAUGGUAUUGACAAAUUUAAAGUAGACAAUAAAAUCUUAUAUCCAGAAAUAUGUGAAUGGUAAGUAUUAAAUGAAAUUAAUUAUUAUAUUAU